AUGACCGGAUACACGAAACCUGUCGGCUUCUCCGAGAGGAGAGGGAGCCUCUUGACCGAAGAGUUGAUGCUCAACACUGCAUCCGAUACAGACAUGGACCACUCCGACGACAAGAUGUCCAAGCAACGGCAGCUCAAAGGGCCUCCCACGCCUAGCAUGUCAACCCCUGCCGCCGACUUUGAUCAGCAGCUCACUGGCUCGCCGCCGCCGCCGCCCACGCCGGCCGCAUCUCCUGGCCCUUCACAUUACCAGCCUGACUGGAGCGAUGCCGCCGACGAUGAGGAUUUCUUUCUCGCCAAGGUUCGCCAGCACUUCAAAAACUGCUCCGGUCCGCAACGCACAAGGGUCCUCGCCGAUUUGCUCAAUCUAUGCACCAGCCAGCAGCUGAGCUUUGUGCAUCAGUUUGUCAGCCCUCUGCUGAAAAAGGACCCAUUUACAAGCCUGCCUGACGAGCUUUGCCUAAGAAUAUUGUCCUUCAUCGACGACCCCAAAGUCUUAGCCCGAGCCUCUCAAGUCUCUAAACGAUGGCGGGAUCUCCUCAGUGACGACAUGACAUGGAAGAACCUCUGCGUCAAACACGACUAUGGGAGACGAUUAUCCGAAGUAUAUACUGCCUCGGCCAUACCAACCCGACCCACCGCUCAAUUACCCACGGCCGAUUCCGAGAUGGCUAGCAGCUUUCCCGGUGCCAUGCCGCUCAUGGGCCAUCACGCUGGCUCACGCAGUAUGGACGGGAGUCCCAGCCGGCCAAAGCUUCGAACGUACAAAUCGCACUUCAAGCAGCGAUAUCUCGUCGAGGCUGCCUGGCGCUCGGGUGGCACCAGCACAGUAAAGAAUAUAACACAGGAAGGAGGUGUGGUCACAAGCCUGCAUCUUACUCCAAAAUACAUCAUUGUGGCGCUUGACAACGCCAAGAUUCACGUCUUUGACACGGAGGGCAAUUCCCAGCGAACACUCCAGGGCCACGUCAUGGGUGUCUGGGCCAUGGUUCCUUGGGGUGAUACCAUGGUCAGUGGUGGCUGCGACAGAGACGUCCGCGUGUGGAAUCUCAAGACUGGUGCUUGUCUGCACACUCUCCGAGGACACACUUCCACAGUCCGCUGUCUCAAGAUGGCUGACGAGCAUACAGCCAUUUCCGGCUCGCGCGAUACUACGCUCAGAAUCUGGGAUAUCAGAACAGGCCUGUGCCGCAAUGUGCUCUUAGGACACCAAUCUAGCGUCCGUUGUCUCGAAAUCAAGGGAGACAUUGUUGUGUCUGGUAGCUACGAUACAUUCGCCCGCGUUUGGAGCAUCUCGGAGGGACGGUGCUUGCAGACCCUGCAGGGACACUUUAGCCAGAUUUACGCUAUUGCCUUUGACGGCAAGCGAGUGGUGACGGGCAGCCUGGAUACCAAUGUCCGUGUGUGGGACCCCAGAACCGGCGAGUGCCUCGCCAUUCUCCAAGGCCACACAUCUCUCGUUGGCCAAUUACAGAUGCGCGGAGAUACUUUGGUUACGGGUGGCUCAGAUGGGUCCGUCCGAGUCUGGUCUCUAGAGAGGAUGUGCCCCAUUCACAGGCUAGCGGCGCACGACAAUAGCGUUACGAGCUUACAGUUUGAUGACACCCGAGUUGUCAGUGGUGGUAGCGACGGUCGCGUCAAGAUUUGGGAUCUCAAGACUGGUCAUCUUGUGCGCGAAUUGAUAUCACAAGGCGAUGCCGUCUGGCGUGUUGCUUUUGAGGAGGAAAAGUGCGUCGCGAUGGCCUUGCGAAAUGGCCGCACGGUCAUGGAGGUUUGGUCUUUUGCUCCACCCGAGGAGAUGCUUGCCAUGAGCUUUGGAUAUCACAAUAUGGAGUCGGCGACAGGUAGUUCAAGUCGAUCAUUAUUCAACCAAGACGUGGAGAUGGAAGACGCGGCACCCUCGACAGCUCCACUGCCCGACGCAGACGCAGCGCAAGACCUUAAGCAGUUACUUGGCGAGACUGGACCGUGA